GCACUGUUCAAACAGUCUCCCCAGCCUCCAGACACCUGUGCCGAGGAGAAGGGCAGGGCAGGCGGCAGCCUGGGCACAGGCCCCUAGGUGCUUACUCCUCACCUGUUUCCCACCUCUCCCCCAUAGCCAGCCCCACGGCCCUGGCAGGGUCCUGGCCACAGCAUGCCCAGUGCUGGGCUCUGCAGCUGCUGGGGUGGCCGGGUGCUGCCCCUGCUGCUGGCCUAUGUCUGCUACCUGCUGCUCGGUGCCACUAUCUUCCAGCUGCUAGAGAGGCAGGCGGAGGCUCAGUCCAGGGACCAGUUUCAGUUGGAGAAGCUGCGCUUCCUGGAGAACUACACCUGCCUGGACCAGUGGGCCAUGGAGCAGUUUGUGCAGGUCAUCAUGGAAGCCUGGGUGAAAGGUGUGAACCCCAAAGGCAACUCCACCAACCCCAGCAACUGGGACUUUGGCAGCAGUUUCUUCUUCGCAGGCACAGUCGUCACUACCAUAGGAUAUGGGAACCUGGCACCCAGCACAGAAGCAGGUCAGGUCUUCUGUGUCUUCUAUGCCCUGUUGGGCAUCCCGCUUAACGUGAUCUUCCUCAACCACCUGGGCACAGGGCUGCGUGCCCAUCUGGCCACCAUUGAGAGAUGGGAGGACCGGCCCAGGCGCUCCCAGGUACUGCAAGUCCUGGGCCUGGCUCUGUUCCUGACCCUGGGGACGCUGGUCAUUCUCAUCUUCCCACCCAUGGUCUUCAGCCAUGUGGAGGGCUGGAGCUUCAGCGAGGGCUUCUACUUUGCUUUCAUCACUCUCAGCACCAUUGGCUUCGGGGACUAUGUUGUUGGCACAGACCCCAGCAAGCAUUAUAUCUCAGUGUACCGGAGCCUGGCAGCCAUCUGGAUCCUCCUGGGCCUGGCGUGGCUGGCGCUGAUCCUCCCACUGGGCCCCCUGCUUCUGCACAGAUGCUGCCAGCUCUGGCUGCUCAGUCUGAGGCAAGGCUGUGGAGCCAAGGCGGCUCCAGGCAGGAGACCCAGGAGAGGCUCUACAGCAGCAAGAGGAGUCCAAGUCACACCCCAGGACUUCCCCAUAUCCAAGAAAGGACUGGGAAGCUGAGGACCCACGGACUCUUCACACAGCCUAGACGCUUCCUCCACUCCAGGUAGAGGGAUUUCGGGGGCCUUCUCAGAAGCAAGGAGUGGACAAGCCUCUUGGUUAAGGCUCCUCUUACCUCCCAAGCUCAUGGGCAAGUGGCAAUCAGCUGGGGUCCCUCUUUUGGGGUACAAAGGAAAGGACAGAGGUGUGGGAGGCCCAAGGUGGUCUUGAGAUUGACAGACAGCAAGUCCUUGGAGAUAGCCCCCGAGUCCAAGAACUUAGGCAGGGGCCCCAAGACAAUAAAGUUGGUCUCUACUAUCUCCUA